UCUGCCGCAGUGUCCUCCGACGAGAACCAGCGCUAUACCGCCAUCAUUGACGACAUCCUCUCCACUGCUGAUCUCGAGACCAUCUCGCGCAAAAAGGUCCGCCAGGGCCUGGAGAAUGCUCUGGGCGGCAAGGACUUGAGCGAGCAAAAGGCAAGCAAACAAAAAACUUGGAGAGAUGCCAUCAAGAAGCUGAUAGAGGAGCGCUUCGACGCUGUCUCUGGCGCUGACCAAGGCGACGCACCCCCUUCUUCCAUGCCCGAUGCCCCGAGCAACAAACGGUCAGCCACCAAUGGCACCUCGUCGCACGACGACCCCUCUGCAUCUCCCGAGCCGGCCAAGAAAAAGACCAAGCGGUCCUCGUCCACCGAGGAUGCCGACGCCCGCCUGGCUGCUCAGCUCCAGGCGCAGGAGAACAGACUCGCGAGGAGCCGUACCACCCGCGGCGGAGGCGACAAGGCGCGAUUGGCCAAGAAGAAGAAGGCCCCGCGCAAGAAGAGCGCCAAAAAGGUCGGCGACGACGAUGACAGCGAGGUGGACGCCAGCGGAGACUCUGCUCCCAAGCGCAAGGCUGGCGGUGGCUUCCAGAAGCCCUUUAUCCUGAGUCCUACCUUGUCGGAGCUGUGCGGUGAAACCCAGCUCUCUCGUCCUCAAGUCGUCAAGAAGCUGUGGGAGCACAUCAAGGCCAACGAUCUUCAAGAUCCCAAGGACAAGCGCCAGAUUCGUUGCGACGAAAAGAUGCAGGCUGUGUUCAAGCAGGCCAAGGUCGACAUGUUUCGCAUGAACAAGGACAUUGGGAGCCACCUCUACCCAGUGGAGGAGAAUAUGCAUACAGUGUCUGUGAUAAUGAUGACCAUUGACUUCCAUAUGAGUGCUGCUAUUGUACAUGAACAACUUGGCCCCCCAAUUGCGCCUGCCUCGUUUGUACAAAACCCCCCUCCCCCAAAAGCUGGAGGGGCCCAAAAGAGAGGCCAAAAAAAUCGCAGCCAAAACUUUUGUGACGAGCGCAGACAAACGAUUCCUUUUUGUCAUCUUUCAACUUCAAUCACUUGCGACACGCAUCCCACAUCGAAUACGCAUACGACUUCAUCACAAGCAUCCACCAUGUCGAGCGCUGAGGGAGCAUCUACAACCACCGGCCGAAGCGACGGCGGCUCUAGAGGACGCGGCCGUGGUGGAGGCGGUGGAGGAGGCGGAGGAAGAGGAAAUCAAGGUCAGAAUCGAGGCGCCAAACGAGGAGGAAGAGGCGGCGGCGGCAAUCGAGGACAAGGACGAGGACAAAAGGGCCCGGAUUCAGCUUCAGCUGCUACAGCUACAACCGAUGCUGCUGGCCAAGCUGGACUUGCGGCGCCGGCAAAGGAGAACAAGGCUGCCUUGGCGACUGCUCCAGAGCCCGACGACGAUGACGAUGCCGAAGUCUGCUUCAUCUGCGCCAACCCUGUUGCCCACCACUCCAUUGCGCCGUGCAACCACAAGACAUGUCAUAUCUGCGGUCUGCGCAUGAGGGCGCUAUACAAGACCAAGGACUGUGCCCACUGUCGUACGUCAGCUGCGUUUGUCAUCUUCACCGACGAUGCCGAAAAGAGAUUCGAGGACUACACAGACAAGGACUUCACCACCACCGACAGCAGCAUCGGCAUCAAGUACACAAACGAGGACAUUGUCGGUGACACCGUCCUCCUGCUGAGAUACAACUGUCCAGACGAGUCGUGCGACUUUGCCGGCCUGGGCUGGGCCGAUCUGCAUCGCCAUGUCAAGUCGGCGCAUCGCAAGCGCAUGUGCGACCUCUGCACCCGCAACAAGAAAGUAUUCACCCACGAGCACGAGCUAUUCACCGACAAGGAGCUAGAGAAGCACAUGCGCCACGGUGACGACAAGCCGGGCGCUGCCGACCAGACGGGCUUCAAGGGCCACCCCCUGUGCGGCUUCUGCGGCGAACGUUUCUAUGACGAUGAUAAGCUGUUUGAGCACUGCCGCAUGAAGCACGAGCGUUGCUUCCUCUGUGAUCGCAGAGACUCGAGACAACCCCAUUAUUUCCUCAACUAUGAAGAGCUGGAGAAGCACUUUAAGAAGGACCACUUUUUGUGCUCUGACCGGGGAUGCUUGGAGAAGAAGUUUGUCGUCUUCGAGUCUGAAUUGGAUAUGCAAGCGCAUAACCUCGCCGAGCAUGCCGGUAAACACGUGGGCCGAGACGCCAGGCUUGUCGACAUCUCUGCCUUUGAUAUCCGCCAAUCUUAUCAACAGGAGAGACGCGGAGGCGGUGGUGGAGGUGGUGGUGGCCAGCGAGAUGGAGAAGGACGAUCGCGAGCGAGAGGAAGAGGCAACAGGGGAAGGGACCCCAACGAAGACAGCAUACUGCCCACCGUAUCAUCUACCGUUCCUCUACGGAGAGACGAACUCGCAUUCCAGCGGCAGAUGGCCAUCGUCUCGGCACCUUCAGGCUCCAACCGGACGUUCCGUGGCCAGCUAUCGGCCCCUACUCCUGCUCCUGCUCCCUCUACCGCCCCUGUAACCCCCACUCUCGCACCAACACCUGCUCAAGCUUCGACGGCUCGGAAUGCUGCUCAGGCACCAUCAAGGCCCCGGAGCGUUGGUCCAGGCGCCGGCCCCGCUGCUCCCACGAAUGCCAUUGAGAAUCUCAGCCUUACCGACACGGCCAACCUGUCGGCCGAAGAGCGAGCUCGUCUGGUUCGUCACGGCAGCGUCAUUGAGCGAGCCGCAAACCUGUUAGGCAACGAUUCACAUAAGAUGGCGGCAUUCCGUAGCCACAUCUCGACGUAUCGCCAAGGAGGCUUCACAGCACCCCAGCUGGUCGAGGCUUUCUUCACACUCUUUGCCGAUGUUUCCUCAACUGCCCUUGGAACCCUGGUACGAGAGUUGGCAGAUUUGUUCGAUGACAAGAACAAAGCCGACAGCCUGAGAAAGGCCUGGCAAGACUGGCGUGCCAUCAAUGAAGAUUAUCCUAGCCUGCCUGGCCUAGGAGGCAUGCAAGGAGCAACGUCGAGCUCUAGCGGAUGGGCAAGUGCUGCGGCCACGAACACAAACUUCACCGUCGUCGGUGCGAAUCAACGAAACUCAACGAGGGUCCUGAAGCUGAAGAAUAGCACUCGGUUAGGCGGUCCGGCACCCAAUCCGGUGAGAAGUGUUCCCGGCUGGGUCCCGGCGUCUUCGUCCUCCAAGCCGCCAUCUUCAUCAGCAUUCCCCUCUCUACCCCCGCCGUCUUCAUCAUCAUCAUCAGCCGCCGCACGUGUGGCUUCUAGUGCAUCUGCUCCAUCUUGGACAGCCUCAUCGUCCUCGCAGUCGACGCAGUCUCGGGGACCCCCGCCGCCCAACACUCGCGCUGAAGACGCUUUCCCUGCGCUCCCUGCGGCACCCAAGCCACAGACGACCAUCUUUGGAUACGGCAAGGGCCGCGGCGUGAGGCGGGAUUUCGGCCAGCAGGAGUCGAAUUUCCAGUGGGGAGCUGCGCCUGCGUCGUCGUCUGCAGCGGCUGAUGUCGAGGAGCCUGAUGAUGCUGAGACGACAGGAGGCAAGGGAAAGAAGGGAGGAAAGAAGGGCAAGAAGCAGAUUCUGGUGCAGUGGGGAUAA